UCAAAUAAAAUUUCCAUCUUUCCAUUCUUACAGAAACAUCAAUAUUUAUUUCAAUGAUGCAUCGAUUCUUAUGAACUCAUCAAAGUUGUACCGUUUCAAUUUUUGCUUUGAGUUUUCUUAAUUUUGAAUUUCUCAUAGAUUGACUUUUCGUAUAUAUAGGCAUAGCUCAAAUACGUGCGCUAAAACCCGCGAUAUUUAGAGGGUAUACCUAUAGCUCGAUCGUCGGGGAUGACCGGUCGACAGCGAACUGUCGAUCUUCACUAACAUGGCUCUGCGGGUGUUCCAGCUCCAGGAGAGCGAGCUAGGCCUGCGUCGCGGCGGUUCCCUGAGGAUUCCACGAACGAGCGACGAUCAGGUCGCGCGAGAACGUGCGCGCCUGACGAGCACGAGAUCGUCGCCAUCGUCGACGUUGUCGUUGUCGGCAUCGACCUCCACGUCGUCCUCGUCGGCGUCGGACAGAUGCGCGGGUGGCGGCGAAAACAGCAGAUCGUCCCGGUCCGCCAGGCGACACGCACCUGAAGCUGCGAGUGACGCACCUGCGCCGGAGUAUCUCGCCAGGAGCCUCCUGCAGCUUGGAUGUCCUGCCGUGUCGAUGCCCACACCUCGUGGCGGUGUCGGAUCGGAGCAACCGCCGAGCAGCGACAGCGAUGACUACACCACCGCUCACCAGCAAGGUCACGUCGCGGGCGGUUAUGGACAGAACCAGGACGGUUACACCGUGCCCAAAGUCCAGGUGUCGGGCCCACCAAACGUCGAUGAAUCCGCUUCCAUCAUCAAUGGGUCUGCGGGGUCCAUAGGCGCGCGCUCAGCACCCAGCACGCCCGUGCAAGCUGCUCCCGAUGCACCGCAAGCCGGGGGCCAACAAUCGAUCAGCGGGUCCCAACUCACCGUGGCCGGCGCUAGCUAUCCUCCGCCUCCGAGGAGCCCCAGUCACGCGGCCUUGAAAUGUAACGACAGUCACCUUUCGAAGCCAUUGAGUAGGAGUACACCAUCGAUGGCAGCUGGCGGCGCGCAAACUCCAGCAAAGGUUAGCAGAUCUUCGUCGAGGUCGUCGCCGACGUCUACCAGCAGCGCGAGGCAGAAGAAGUUCCACAGGCACUUCACUCAGUCUUCGAAAUUUCGUUAUCAGGUGGCGGAGGACGAGCGCGUGCUGAAUUACUACAGCUGCGCGCUGGUGGGCGACAUCCUGCUGCAGGGCCACCUGUACAUCACGCCCAACUACUUCGCCUUCUACAGCAACGUGUUCGGCUACGUGACGAAGCUGCUGAUACCGACGGUGUCGGUGCUGAAGAUCAGCAAGGAGAAGACGGCGCGGAUCAUACCGAACGCGGUGGCGGUGGCCACUGAGGAGGAGCGUCACGUCUUCUGCUCGCUGCUCUCGCGCGACUCCACGUACAAGCUGAUGAAGCAGGUCUGGGAUGCGGCGAUGGAGCCGCGGGCGACGGCGGACGACGAGUUGCCGGCGCUCGACACCGAUACCAAGCUCCUCACGCCGGAGACGCUGCUGGUCGACGACUCCGAGGAGGUGAACGCCGAGGAGGACGAGUCGAGCAUGUCCGAGAGCGGUACCGAUCUUACGGCGGCCAGCAGAUCGCCGACCGCCUGCACCGAGAUCGACGGCACUUCCCCGAUUAUCACCAGGCCGAGUUUGCCACCCGCCAGGCUGGAAACAGUGAUGUUAACGAAGACGCUGACACCGAGCAAAUCCGACCGGCUGGGAUCUCUGUUUACCAACGGGUUGAAGCCUGGCAUGGUGAUAGCGAUACUGGUGGCUCUCUUGGCAGUUCUUUACGUAUCGGCGGCUCUUAUGAUGAUGCGUAUUGACAGGUUGCACACCGCUUAUUUAAACCACCCCCUCGUCUCGCCGGAACGCUUCACGCAGGAUCGGCUGUUGCACUAUCUUAACACGAAUCUGGAUCAAAUAGUAAAGGUGCGGCAGAGUCUGCAGACGCUAUCGCAGCAGUUUGUAGCGAUGAGCCAGGGUGGUGGCCAGGGGCCUUCCGGCGGCGUGGUGGAACCGGAAGAUGCGCCGAGUUAGCCCUCGACGAUGGAACGCGAUUUAAUUCAGCCAAAAAAUAACACGGGGUCCCGUCGCUCCGCCGACGCGCGUAGCAUCGCCUCGUGAACGACGACCGUAUUCGUCGUCGUCGUCGCCGUCGUCGUCAUCAUUGUCUUCGUCGUCGCCGCGCUAGUUCGUCGGCGACCCGCGAGGGUCGAUCCCACGCAUAGUCAUCGCGCGAUCGUCCCUCCGAAUAGGAGUUAUUGUUCUAGUACCUAGACUUCCGCGGGAGUUUAGAGAGGCAGCCGUGUCUCGUGAAACGAGAGAGAUCUCGGACGUGCAUCCCGAGCGCGGGGGAAUGAAUAUCCAUUUUCGAGCGAACCUGAAGCGACCGCGUGAAUUAGAACUGAUUGUGAGCGCUUGCAGAUUAUAGGCUGUUCUGACAGAAACAUACAUAUAUGCAUAAAAAAAGAUACCUCAGACACACAUAUACGAACACACAUAUAGAGAGAAAAUCGAAGGUAAGUGCGCGGCGGGCGAAGGAAUUUCUGCUUUUUUUUUCCUUUUCUUUUUUGAACUACUAGUCACGCGUGUACCUAAGUCCCGGGGUACGACAAGAGAAACAGAAUGAACAAAAUGGUAUAUGUAUAUAUACAUACAUAUAGUAUAUAUAAACAGUUAUAUACAUAUAAAGUAUCUAUACAUACAAAUAUAGAUUAACAACGCAUACUUCGCGAUUAAUUGUUCGUUAAUUAUGUAUUUCGAGCUAGUCGGGCACUACUCAAUCACCGCUGCUAUAUAUAUGAUAUAUUAAAAAAGAUCGACACAAUGUUAUAUAGCAUCACAAAUGGGUAAUCUUAUCUCGAUGUAGCGCGCGAUACACGGCGCCGUGCGACGAUACUUCACCGAGAGACGAUGAAGUAUCUACCGAGAUAUAAUAGAGGAGCUCGCUUUCCUUAUCCGCCAUUAGCUCUUUCAGUACCUGCCUUAAACCUGCAUUUAAUAAUGAUACAAAAAUUUUAGAAAAACAAACUCCACGAUGUAUCCCUUGUCCCCGCCACGUUCUCGUCGUCUCGCGAUCUCGAUGAGACUAAAUUUUAAGUUUCUGUCACUCAACAAAAUUUCGAUGAAACGCUAUUUGGGAGAUAAUUCGUGGCGUUCUAUGUUAAUUAAGCAACGAAACUGCAAAUGUAAGCGUUGAAUAUUAUUGAAGGAAAGAGUAACGACACCGCUCUAUAGUUUGAAGCUUGACGGCCAGGUUCUUAAAAAAUAUACCCUAUUCUCCUCUGUUAUCGCAAAGUAGAUUCUUCAAUUAACAAAGCUUUUGGUUUUUUUAAAAACUUUUCUAAUUGAAGAAAAGUGUGACUUUGUAGUUAUUUGCUGACAUCAUUCAAUGUGACAUUAUUUAAGUAAAUCUCAAUGUUUACAGACUUUACAGACCGUAGCGUAAACUAUAAUACAUUACAAAUAGAAAAAGGGAUUUUUAACAAAUUCAAAUGAGAGUUGAAAUGGACGAAGACUCUUGCCUAAAUAUUAGCAUUUGCAUAUUUGUAUCCCCAUGACGAGCCGUAAGGGAAUAUUUACUUAAUGACAGUUAAAGUUAAGCGAACACACUGAUGAACACCGGCUGUAAAAUUGCGUUGAUUUAACAAGAGGAAGGUGCUAAUGUCCCUAUAUUUAGUUCGGUACUGAAAGGGUUAAAUUGCGCAGCUCGAAUGGACCCGGAGAUACGAGAGAAAGAGAGUGAGAG